AUGAAUUCUUUUCAUUCUGUGUUACGCAUUCUGUUGGAAUCUGAACUUAUAUACGGAAGCAGUGAUAGUGAAGCUACGGUUGGAAAAGCUACAAGUAAUGGUGUAUACUUUUCUGGUAUGACAACUGCUGACAAAACAUCUUACUGCUUCAUCUAUUUUGAAAUUCAUGAUGCAUUACCUCAGAAAAGCGAUAAUGACCAACAGGCUAUAUAUAAAUUGAGAGUCUUCAUCAGAACUGUAACAAUGAAAAUGCUAUUCUUUGUGUUCUGGUCUAUUGGAUUAGAGCUGCUCAACCAUUCUGUUCUGUGCCUUGAAUUUCGAUCCGAUUUUAGAAAAAUCACAUUUGGGCCUAUUAGAGUUCAGCUGCUGUUACAGUACAAGUUUCAUUAA